AUGAAGUUCGCUCAAGAGUUCAGGAAGGCCCUCCAAAAAGAAGGCUUUCCCGAGAAAUGGGUCAACUCUGCUGUUCCUUACGGCCAGCUCAAAAAAUGUCUCAAAAAGGUUACAAAUGAACUUAGGGAACUCGGACUAGAUAAGGACACUUUGGCUCAAUUGGCUACUAGCCAAAAGGAACCAUCUGCAGUGGCCUUUUACUACCACCUGGAUGGAAAACUUACCCAUUCCAACCAUUUUCGUCCGAGGCUCACCUUUUUCAUCCAUCUCCAUGAUGGCGUGGCCGUAGACGCAGAAUUGACGCCGUCUACGAGAGAUUUUUUGAAGAAAGUGGUAUCUAAGACAGGAGAAACAUCGGUCUCGCCGGCACAGGAAUCUAGCAACACAUCUCCAGAUACUUCAGUUAGACCUACGGAUUCUCCUCUUAAUGCCGAGCAGGUCUCAUUGUCAAAAGAGGAGCCGUUGUCUGUUAAACAGAUCGAAGUCCCCUUGGUCUUUGAUGGUGAAUUCUUUGAAAUCCUACAGACCGACGUCUCCAACCUGGACGUACUGCAGCAGGAAGAACAAGAUAAAUUGGGAAAGGAGAUAGCUCUUCUAGGUCAGGAUAUUAACAAAGCCACGAAACCAUCGAAAGGCCGAAGGGCGAGGGGGGACUUGGAAACCUGGCGCAAUAUCUUCGAGUUAUACUUAGACGCCCGGAUCUUCUUUUCUACUAGGGAGGACGAUCAUGGCGCCAGAACAAGCACUCAGGCGAUCGAGCAACUCCGGUGGUUCCAAGAUCAAGUUUUGUCGAGAAAGCUAAUUCACGGCCUCAAGCUUGAGAACAGUCGGCAAGCUUAUACAAGGUUUCUCAACAUGAACGCUCUUCUCCUGCAAAUUCUUAAAUUCCAGGAAAUCAACAGUUUGGCAGUGACAAAAAUACUCAAGAAAUUCGAUAAGAGAACUGCGCUGGGCGUUUCACGCGCAUUCCCUGUCACUGUUCAAUCCAACAAGCUUCUAGCAGGGAGCGUGGCUAAGGACAUAUGUGCACAAAUGUCCAACGAUUUAAUUUCGGUCGUUCCGCAGCUUGAUGACUAUCUCUGUCCUAUCUGCUUUGCCGUUGCAUAUUGGCCAGUUCGGCUAGAUUGUCAGCACAUAUUCUGCAGUCGAUGUCUCGUGAAGAUGUCACGAAAGGGGGAAAGAUUUUGUCCCCUUUGCCGAGCUGACGUGAUCAUGCGAGCUGGAUUAGAACAUUUCGAUAGCGAGCGUGCUGCAUUUCUUCGCGAGUACUUUCCGAAGGAAGUCAAAGAAAAAGUCAGAGCCAACGAGCGCGAGCGCAACAAGGAAAUAUUCGGACCUGACUAUUCGGAUUCGACUUGUUCUAUGAUGUGA